UACAACUGAAAGUAAAAGUUAGUUUGGUAAAAUCCACAAAAUAGACCAGAGGCGUGGAUCUCGAACAAACCUCUGGUGCAGUAGUACAGUCGAGGAAAAAUUCAUUGGCAGGCGACGAGUUCUGCUGUAGAAGAAAGAAUGACUGAGUGUCCGAACCUCCUGUGUUGUUGUUGUUGUCCAAGAAAACAAAAGAACGUCCCUUUAGAAGUGAAGCCAGGAGCUGAUCGCUUUCAAGUAGGCAAGCCGCUUCGCAUUGUACUGAUUGGAAAAACUGGAGUUGGGAAAAGUGCGGUCGGAAACACCAUUCUUGGAAGAGAAGCUUUCAAGUCAGAGCCUUCUGCAAACUCUGUUACUCAUCAAUGCAGAAAAGAAAAAGCGAAUUACCAAAGAAACAUUUAUGUGAUUGACACACCUGGAGUCUUGGACACCAAGAAACCGAAAGACGACAUCAAAAGAGAAAUCGUGAGAUGCAUUCAGGUGUCAGCACCAGGUCCUCAUGUGUUCCUGCUGGUGAUACAAAUUGGCCGUUUCACAGCUGAGGAGCAAAAUUCUGUUCGAGCUCUACAAGAGAUCUUUGGAGAAGAAGCUUCAAAAUACAUGAUAGUGGUCUUCACCCAUGGAGAUUUGCUCAAAGGUCAGACAAUUCAAGACUAUGUUCACAAUGGUCAUGAUGAACUCAGGAGAGUCGUCCAGAGCUGUGGAAGUAGAUAUGUUGUUUUUGAUAACACUAACAUGUUUAACCGAUCUCAGGUGAAAAUAUUAAUUGAGAAAAUCGAUGAGAUGGUGGCAGCCAAUGGGGGAGGUUGCUUUACUCAAGAAAUGUAUGAAGAAGCAGAAAAACAAAUAAAACAACGACAAAAACAACAGCAGAUAGAGAGAGAGGAGGCAGAGCUUCUGGAGUAUGACUUUAGCUUUCUUGAGAUCUUGGAUGAUAAAAUCCCUUUGUUUCAACAAAUAUUGCUUGCAGCCGAAGACAUUUACAUUUUAGAGGUUGAUAAUUCAAUUUUUUAAUAUACAGUGGUAGGAAAUUGUAUUUAAGUUGAAGCAGCAUACAGUCUCUGACAGGUUCCCCUUGAGGAUCUCAGUGUUUUUUUUUAGUCCAGCCAAUUUUUUGAAGAAAUUAUGAUUAGAUAAUUUUGUUGAUUAAAGGUUAUAAGCAAUUCUGUUGUAAAAUGUAUAUCAUUUUACAUUUGGACUUGUGUUAAUCAUUUAAAAAAUAAUAUACAGUGUCUUUACACUGUAAAAAAAUUC